AACAAGCGUAGGGUGCACAUGUACAACUUCGUUCUUGUGCUCUGAGAGAGCGUCGACAGGCAUUACCAUCGUUUACAAUGGAAUUACUAAACUAGCUGUGUUGGAGUUGAUAAUCGUGGAGAAGUUCCAAAUGGAAAUCCGAGAUGUAUGAUGAACUCACACGCAUGAAGUGGAGUGUAGGUGUUUUCUGUAAAGAGUUACUCACCGUAGACAUUGAAUAAACUUAAUUUUUUAUUCAAUGUCAUAGAGGAAUCUUCAAAUACUUACGUUCCUGGAAUUUGUUUAGCAUGGAGUGGCAUGAAGGAAACCUAAAAAUGAAAUUGGGUAUUGUUUUUCAUCCAACCUGCGAUAAGGGAGAGGUAGUCAGAGUCAGAAUUUAGGUAACUUUUCAAGCAAGCGCAGGGACCGUAUCCUCAUUGGGAUUAUAGUGAUCGUGAAGUAACUCCCGUUCGACUGAACGUAUAGAGUCAAAAUUUUUAUAUUUUUGAAUUAAUUGUGCUACACUCUUUUUUGAUGAUUUGCAAAAGGAUUUAAAUCAGCAUUUGGUUUUGUCCAAACUUACAGAACAUCGCUUGUGCCCAAAAUUUCUUUGCAAACUGAUUGUAACAUAACAUCUUACGCCCUUAUCAACUCUUGAUGGGAUAAUCCAGUUCCAAUUGUAUUUUAUUAUUUGUAUAUAUCCACAUCUUUGUCUCCGGAACGAGAAAAUGUAUUACAAAAUCUUCUACGUAUAUAUUCCGCUUCCCAAAAUUUAGUAAAAACCCAACUUUCCUUUUCCCUUAUCUAUACAUGUAUACAGCCGGUUACCCCAACGUUACCUCUGAAGUUCUCGCAAUUUGUGCAUAAUUACAAUAAAAUGUAAAUAUCAAGCAUGUAGCUAUUACAGUAAUACGUGGUGAGUAGGAAUAUAAAACAGAAAGUUUAAACGUGGGGGAUAGACCCGCAGAUCCGCAAUUAAAGAUCGACGAACUCUUAUGCAUUGUGUGUGCAUAAAUCCUUUCUCUCACAUUUUAUAAACGGCAAGAAGAUGCGUACGUUUAUGGUAAUUUUGAUUUCGUUACUCUCCCUCACUUUAGCCGUGGGCAAACCGCAAAAGGACCAGCCCAAAGAGCCAGAAAUAAGCAACAGCGUCAAUCCAGAAGCGAAAGAGGAUGAAAUCGUGAUAGAAAUAAAAAGUACGGCGGCUCCAGAAAUUCACGAGAACCAUUUCCAUCGACCCGGUGCGGCCGUUGUACGAAUAAUCGACGACAUCUUUCAGAUACCAAUAGGGGUCUUACAGUCGGUUUCGAGGUUAUUAAAAAAUCCGUUCGUUUCGCAGAAGAAAACCCCCGAAACCAUUUCGUCAUACUAAUUAUCUAAGAGCUUGUUAGGAUCGUAAAUUAAUUAGGAGCAGGUCAAUGGGUGGUUGCGUAAUUGUUUUAUACUUGGAAGUGGACAAUCAAUGUCAAAGAUAGAAAUUGCAUAUUUUUAGAGAAAGUUGGUUCAUUUAUCGACAUGUUCUUGUAGCGGCAGUAAUUGAACAAAAAAAAAUUAGCUGCGUAAAAAUGAAUUGUGUAAUAGUGAUUGUGACAUCCAUGUUUUUUAAUGUAAUACAUAUGCUACCAACGGAGUUUGUCGCUCAUAAGGUUUUCAAAAGAGGUCUUCUUCCGGAACGAUUGCCUGGCAGAGAGGAAGCUUUCUUCGAGAUUGAAAAACCGUCACUGUACAAUUCUGCGCAAGUUAUCGCGAGUAACAUUAUAAAACCGACGCCGAUAGUCGAUACCAUUUCAGAAGCAGAUAAAUACGGAAACACUGGAGAACAGUUUAAGCCGGUUGGAAAUCUGAUUACAGGAAGCUUCCAGAAGAUUUCGCGUGUGAUAAAUGCGGUAGUUGAUACUCCAACUACUAAAACGGUGCAAUUAGGGCGAUCGCUAAAUGAGUACCUCAGCACAAUAGGAGCAAAAGUGGUGGGCUUAAUAUAAAAACCCCAUGCAGACGACGUAAGGUACCAAAGUUUUACGUUAGAAUGUUUACUUCGUUUCAAAUAAAGAGCUAGAUUAUUA